AUGUCCAACAGCAGCUUCCUCACUGAGUUCCUUCUCCUGACAUUCGCAGACAAACGGGAGCUGCAGCUAUUGCACUUCUCGCUGUUCCUGGGUGUCUACCUGGCUGCCCUCCUGGGCAAUGUCCUCAUCAUCACAGCCGUAGCCUACGACCACCGCCUCCACACCCCCAUGUACUUCUUCCUUCUCAAUUUGUCCAUCCUGGACUUUGGUUCCAUCUCCACCACAGUCCCCAGAUCCAUGGCCAGUUCCCUGUGGAACACAAGGGCCAUUUCCUUCUCAGGAUGUGCUACUCAGGUCUUUCUAUUUCUUUUCUUCAUUUCUUCAGAAUAUUAUCUUCUCACUGUCAUGGCCUAUGACCGCUACAUUGCUAUCUGCAGACCCCUGCACUAUGGGACACUCAUGGCCAGCAGAACUUGUGUCAAAAUGGCAGCAGCUGCCCGGGGCAGUGGUUUUCUCAAUGCAGUGCUGCAUACUGGAAACACAUUUUCAAUUCCACUCUGCCAAGGCAAUGUUGUGGAGCAGUUUUUCUGUGAAAUUCCCCAGCUCCUCAGGCUCUCCUGCUCUGACUCCUACUUCAGGAAAGCCGGGGUUACCGUGGCUGGCUUACGAGGUGUGGGCCCAGUGAGGAAUGGGGCAGGGGACAUGGUAACAAAGGGCAUGGAAAAGGCAAAGGUUUACAGUGCCUUCUUUGUCUCAGUCUUUCCUGAUAAGACAUGGCUUCAGGAGUCUCAGGUCCCUGAGACUCAUGGGAAUAUGAGCAGUGAAGAUUUACUGUUGGUGGAGGGGGAUCAGAUUGGAGAAGAUCUGAACAAUUUGAAGUUAUGGGACCUGAUGAGAUGCAUCCAUGAAUGCCGAGGAAGCUGA